AUGUCAGCUUCGAGCUCCGGUGGAGUGAUCGUCUUCCUCGACAUCGAUGGAGUGCUGCUGCCGUUCGGGUCGAAUGCGGCUGCAGUCGAGCCGCCCGCCCUCUUCGACGACGCGUGCCUGUCCGCGCUGUCAGCGCUGCUCGCCGCCCCGCUGCCCUGCGAGCCGCGGCUCGUCCUCUCCUCCACCUGGCGGGCGCAGCCGGCCUUUGUCGCCGACAUCCUCGACGAGUUCCGCCGGUUCGGCGCGGCCAACGAUGGCAGCCCGCUCGGCGCCGUGACCGCCUUCGUAGACGCCACCUCCACCGAACACUUUGGCGCACGGCAGCACGAGAUCGCGAGCUGGCUAGAGCGGAGGCGCGCGCAGGGCCAGGCUCCCGCUGCGUGGGUGUGCCUCGACGACGAGGAGCUCCUCGACGGAGAGGAGUGUGCCGAACGGAGGGCGAUGUUUGAGGGGCACGUCGUGCAGACCCGCAGCGACGUCGGCCUCACGGCGGAGCAGGCCGCCCGGGCGGUCGCGCUGCUCCGAGCGCAGCUCGCGGGCUCAGGAUCGACCUCCAAGCGGCGCCGGGGCGACGGUGAGGAGGAGGGCGAGGAGUACGACGAAAAUGUGACCCCGGGCCUGCACGCUGUGCAGACACGUUUGUCCGCGGUGAGCCGCACUGUGUAG